AUGAAGCACAGAGGCAUCCCCGGUUUUGAAGGGGCUCUCCGUGCCGGCUGCAUAGUCGCCACCGGAAGCGUGAUGCUGGUGCAGGCCAUGCACCUGGCCGCCCGGCACCCUCCGCACGCGCGCCUUAUCCGUGCCCUCGUCCUCAGCGUCGGCGUCCUUAACCUCCCCUUCCUUCUAGCCUAUUCGGGAUCGCCUCUCUACACAGGACUCAGCUCGAAAUACGGUCAACUCAGACUCAUGAUGGCACUGUACAUCGGCGCGCCCGUUGUGCUCUUCAGCAUCCAAAUCCUCUCGAUUUUGUACUACCACGUAGGCCUGUGCCGGCAGACGAAACAUAUCGACCCAGGAGGUGAGGCCACAGCGUCUGUGGAUGGCGCCUGCCAACUCGACAACCGUACCAGUGGCUUCAGCAUCACCUGGGUCGACUUCUGUCUCGCGUGGGCACAAUAUACGAUCGCACCAAAGUUAGACGCCACAAGCGCCGCCUUCGACCUGCCACCUGAGCAACUUAAACAUUUCUUGGAACUCCUGUAUCGCACUUGA